AUGACAACUAGACAAACUUCAACUGGACAAACUUCAACUGGACAAACUUCAACUGGACAAACGUCAACUGGACAAACUUCAACUGCACUUGUUGAUAAUGUGCAGAAAAUUUUAUCAGUGUAUGUACCAAACUUGAGUCGUGACAGUUAUAAUAAAUUGUUGGCGUCUAUAAAUAUCAAAUCAUAUGGAACAAUAACUUUUUCUGAUAAUAAAUCUCAUCAAGCAGAUUUUAUUCGUAUACCACAUGAUGCACCUGUUAUGCAAGUUCACGAAUUCCUGAAUCGACACUGGAGUGAGGGACAUCCAUCACUUGUCAUAUCUAUUACUGGUGGUGCAAAAGAAUAUAACAUGAAACCAAGAUUAUUAAGAGCAUUUCGACGUGGUCUUCUUAAAGUUGCUCGAACAACGGGUGCAUGGAUUAUUACUGGUGGUAUGAAUACCGGUAUUAUGAAACUUGUUGGUGAGAUUGUUCAGAUAAAUCCUGAUCGUUCUCGACCAAUUCCUUUAAUUGGUAUUGCUACUUGGGGUUGUGUAUCUGGUCGUGAUGAUCUUGAUCCUAUACGUGGUUCAAGUGUAUCUUACACUAAACCUCGUAGUAAUACUAAAGGUGAAGCACCACUUGAACCAAAUCAUACAAAAUUUAUUUUUGUUGAUGAUGGAAGUAACAAUAAAUAUGGUCGAGAAAUAGCUUUUCGUGCUAAACUUGAACAUGCUAUUUCUGGUGGAUUUUUUUCAUCAAAGACUACAACAAAUUCUUCAAGUCAAAAUGCUAGUUUAUGUGCAACUCAAUCUUUCCGAUCAGAAAAUUCAGAACCAGUACCUGUUGUUCUUCUUGUUGUCGAAGGUGGUCCAAAUACAGUUCGAACAGUUAAAGAAGCUGUUGUUGAAAACAAUAUUCCAGCUGUUUUCUUCGAAGGAACGGGUCGUUGUUGUGAUUUAUUUGCUAAAGCAUUUCGUUUUUAUAAUAAACAUCGUCCGCAAAAUGAAGCUGAUAAUGAAACAUUAACAAAUCGUGAUUCAACUACUUCAAUAAAACAUUAUUAUGAUGAUGAUGAAUUAAAAAUAAGACUUCGUGAAGAACUUAAAGAUGACCUUCGUGUAAUUAGUGGUUCGGCAGAUACCCCAAUUGCAGCGGAUACUAAACCACAUCCUGAUGAUAAAGACGAUUAUUUUGAAUUGGUUUAUGAAUGUUUUCAUAAACGAAGACAUUUUUUAAAUGUUAUCAGUCUUAAUUCACGUUAUCCAGUUGAACCUGAUAUUGAUUUAGCUAUUUUACAAGCUCUAUUAAAUGCUACUUCUAAUAGUGAAGAUUUUAAAACAAGUGUACAACGAAAACGUGAACAACUUCGUUUAGCAUUAGAAUGGAAUCGUGUGGAUAUAGCUAGAAAUGUGAUUAUGAAAAAUGAAGCAGAUUGGCGUAUUGAUUUAAAUGAUUUAUUUUUAUCGGCACUUAAGCGUGAUCAAGUAGCAUUUGUUAAAUUAUUUCUUGAUCAUGAUUUUUCAUUAACUGUUUUAUUUCGUAAUAUUGACCGACUUGUUGACCUUUAUGAUCAUGUCGUCAAUCAUAAUAAUGAUUCUAUUAAAACUGACUUAGAUCCAUUGCGAGCAUUAUAUGAAGCAAGAAUUCAACCAUUAAUAGGAGAUUUUUUUGAUGUUCGCGCUGCACUAUCUCAAAAAGAUUUAAAACCAAAUGCUGACUCUAAAAGUGAAGAUGAUAAUGAAAGGGGUGGUUGUUGUGGACGAAGACGUUAUAAUGAUGUUUCAGGAAAUAAUCAUGGUGAUCGUAGAAGAUCACAAUCAUCAAUACUUACUCCCUCUCAUUAUAUGGACGUUGAUAGGGAACUUUUUCUUUGGUCGGUAAUAGCAGGUCGACGAGAUUUAGCAUUAUUAUUUUGGUCUCGUGGCAAAAAUAAAAUUGCUACUGCAUUAAUUGCCACAUUAAUAUACAAAAACCAUGCUCGUACAGAAAAUGAUAAUAGUUACACACAAUGGGCUGAUGAGUUUGAAAAUUUAGCUGUAGAAAUACUUGAAAAAUUUUAUCAAGCAAGUCCAAAAGCAUGUUUAAAAGCAAUUAUACGACAAAUUCCAGGUUAUGGUAAUGCAACUUGGUUAGAAUUAGCUGUUGCAGCUGAUGCUAAAGAUUUUAUUUCUCAACGAGCUGUACAAGAUCUAUUCAAUGAUAUUUGGUUUGGAUAUGUUAAUGAACGCACAACUCAUGUAACAAUCGUUUUUUCUACAUUUAUGCUUUGGUUUAGUGGUUUUCUUCGUUAUAAUGAGAAUUUAGUUACAGAAGAUGAUAACACAAUAAUUCAUAGUUCAAUUACUAAACCUUCUCUCGAAAGACAAUCAUCAAAACAAAAGCGAAUGGGAGAUAGGUCCACGGAAGGAACUCAAAUGAGUUUAUUAACACAAUAUAAGGAUGUGGAUUCUUCUAAUAACAGGAAACCAUUUACAUUUUCUCAAUAUUUUCUCAAUAUUACUACGUUUCUACGUGCUCCAUAUGUUAAAUAUCUUUAUAAUUUAUACUCACAUCUGAUUUUUUUAAUGCUUUUCUCCUAUGUGAUUUUAUGUGAUUUUUUUCCACUCUAUAAUUUUCCAGUGGAUGUAUGUGGACCAUCUGCUGAUUCGGUACAUCGUAAAGAUCCAACUACUGACAACGAUGAUAAUGAACCACUUCAAAGUUAUACUUCGACUAAAAACUCUUAUAAUGUUACCAAAUCAGUUUCAUAUGGAAUUCAACGACAUAAACACCAGUCUAUUACCGAAAUUAUACUUGUCAUAUGGGUUUUUACAUUAGUUUGUGAAGAAGUUCGACAGCUAGUAGCAAUAGAAGCACAAUCAACACGAAAUGCUAUAAUAGCUUAUUUUAAAACCUUUUGGAAUAGAUUAGACGUUUUGGCUAUAAUUUUAUUUAUUAUUGGUAUUACACUUCGAUAUUUGCCAACAUCAGAAUGUUUUUGUGCAGCACGUAUUAUUUUAUCAUUUGAUUUAUCACUUUGGUUUAUACGUACAUUGGAUAUGUUUGCUGCUGUAAGACGACUUGGACCGAAACUUGUUAUGAUUGGUGAAAUGGUGCAUGAUUUGAAGUUUUUCAUGUUAAUGUUAUUUGUAUUUAUUUUGGCAUUUGGCGUACCAUUUCAUGGUUUAGUACAUGGUGUAAACAAAUUUUCUUGGCAUUUGCCACGUGAAAUUAUGAAUCUUGCUUAUUGGCAAAUAUUUGGCGAAUUAGAGGCUUUAGAUACAUUUGGAAAUAAUUAUAAAGCAAAUGGUUAUGCAGCAUUUAUUUUAUUGAUUUCUUAUAUGGCAAUUGUUAGUAUACUCUUGGUUAAUCUACUUAUUGCUAUGUUCAGUAAUACUUUCGAUCGUCUUCAAAGCAAUACCGAUCGUAUCUGGAAAUUUCAACGAUAUUCAUUAGUGUGUGAAUAUUUAUCGCGCCCGUCAAUUCCAGCACCUUUCAUAUUCUUCUCGCAUCUUUGGCGAGUAACAUUAUUUACAUUGGCAAAAUGUCCUAAAUUAAAAUUUAUUCAAACUAAAUAUGAGGAACAUUUGAAUAGAACAAAAUAUAAAAUUUCACUUGAUGACAAAAGCGUAACAAAAAUUGAAGCAGCUGAAGAUGCAUAUGGUGAUGAAGUUUACUAUAACUUUUUAAAAAUAGGAAGAAAAUUAAUUGAUGAAACUGAUCUAGAUGAAGAACGAGUUCAAUCACCACAAGAGAAUAUAUUAAAUAAAAUUCGAACACUUGAAAAUCGUAUGCAAGUUAUGAGUAAUCAACAAGCUCAUAUGUGUGAUUAUCUUGAACAUCUGAUGGAUGGUUUAAAAGUUAUGGGUGGUGAACGUAUUAAAUUACCGGAACGACGUCGUUUAGAUCCUGAAGAAUCAUUUGAUGACACAAGCAAUAGUAUUAGUCAAUCGAAAGGAAAUUAUCGACGAGAAUCAUUAGUUAUUAAUAGUCCUCGUUCAAAAAAUAGUCAAACAUCUACACAAUCAACAAAUGUCAACAAUAAUAACAGCAAUCCAACAUCAGAUACGUUAUCAUCAUCCGUUCCAUUUACACUCAAACGUUGGAAUCUUGUUGGCAUUUGGAGUUGGGAUGUAGCUCAUGAUGUAUGUGCUAUAUGUCGAACGGCUUUAUCUGAAUCUUGUCUACGUUGUCAAGCAGCAAGUAAUCUUCAAGAAUGUAUUAUUGUCUGGGGUACUUGCAAUCAUUCAUUUCAUAAUUGUUGUAUGAGUCAAUGGGUUAAACAACGAGCACAAUGUCCACUUUGUCAAACAGAUUGGGUUAUUAAUCGAAUUGGACAAUAA